CUUAUAAAGAAAGGAAAAUUCAAAAGAUCUGACAGCCACGGAUGGCAACGGAAGAAAUGACACUAGGCAGCAGGUUGUGUCGACUUGUGUUAGUAAAUGAAAGCACCCCAUGCCCAUGUCUCAUCCUCGAUAUUCUGUGUUAUGAGAAAUGCGCAGAAGAAAAAUGAAGAUAAAACGCAGUAAAUCUUUAUCUCCUGAACCAUCCAGUAGCAAGGAUACAAAACGUAUAAAAUUUGAAGAAACUACAAAUUUAGAUAGAGUAACAUCUCCAAAUAUACUUGAAUUUUCAGAUGAUGUUUUACUCAAUAUAUUGAAAUAUUUAUAUCCACAAGAUCUCAUGGCAGUCAGUUUAUGUUGUCACAGACUUGCACAGUUAACGCAAGAUAGAACUCUAUGGAGAAAAGUAGACUUUCGAACAAAACCAAUGUUUCUAAAUGAUUUAAACCGGUACAUGAAGUUCCUGCAACCAAUAACAAUGAGUUUGGCAAUACAUGGCAAUUUCCAUGGCAAAUGUUCAGCUCUUACACAAAGGUUUUUUGAAAAUGUAAAGACACUAUGCAAUCAACUUAAAGAAUUGAUCAUUGAAGAAUAUUAUAUCAAUGGAGAUAAGAUUCAAAUAACAGAUUUUCCAUGUACUAUUGAAAAGCUUUCAUUAGAAGGUUGCCAAGUGGAUUAUCUACAAAGUAAUAAAUCUUAUUUUUUUAAAAUGGAUUUACACAUGCCAAAUUUGACAUGUUUAAUUUUAAGUAAUUGUCAAUGGUUUACGCCACAUUCCUUACUAGUUAUCAGCAAAAUACCCAAACUUAAGGAACUUAGAUUGAAUUCAUGUCAUCGUCUAGGCGAAUGUGUUGCAUAUGCUAGUUUAGCAACUAGAUUUGGAUUUAAAACAUUGGAGAUUUUAGAUUUACGGGAUACGGCGCUCGGGGAUAGCGAGGUCGGUUGUUUUAGCAGCACUAAAACUUUGACACAUCUUUAUUUGGAAUGUCCUUCUACAUUAAGAAAUGAAGAGCAUCUUGAAAUAAUGCAACAGCAGCAACGACAAGUUUUGCAAUUACCAAUAUUUGAAGAUAAUAAUCUGGCACAGUUUUUAAUCGAGGAUGUAUUUGCUUUUGACAAUAAUGGAUUUCAACGAUGUUUAAUAUCGGAUAGAGCAAUUUGUGCGCUUGGAAGUGAUUCUUGUGAUAGAAAAGUGAUAAAUAGCUCUCCACAAGGAAUGAUAAUAUUACAAGAAAAUAGACGAAUAUCUAACAAUCCAAAUCUUAAAAUAUUAGUUGUUAGAAAUUAUCCACGUGUAACAAAUUCGAGUCUUAUCCAUUUGGCUUUAAAUGCAUCGAGAUUGGAAUACUUGGAUGUAACUGGUACUUCUGUAACAAAGGAUGACAAUUAAUACUUAAAAAGUACUGAUAUUUGUACACAUACGUCUCUCUCUUAUGCUUCAAGAUUAAAAUUUAUAGUGUUCAAACUAUUUUCUAGAUGCAAAUAAUUUUGUCUAAGUAUGACUUAUUUAAACAGAAGUGAAAUGCACUAUUUGCUGUUUUUAUAUAA